GCACUGGGCGGGCCUUGGGAGGACCCCUGCUGCGGGCCUUCUCUCGCCUACUCUCCCCCUUUGCCUUCGCCCUUCGAGCCGCCACGUAAUGCCACGUCCCCGCGCAUGCGUGACUCGGUCGGUGGUGGCGGCUGUUUCCGGGCUUAGGGGGCUGGAGCGGCCGCCGAGUAGGAGGCGGUGGUGGCGGCGGCCCGGGAAGGCAGAGUGCGGGCUUGGGGGCCAGGCCCUGCGGAGGGCAGAAGAAGUUGUCUUCUUUUCUAUUUUGAAGGGGCCGGUAUAACCCGUGACUGAGCGGCAACAUGAAUUUCCUCCGCGGGGUAAUGGGGGGUCAGAGUGCCGGACCCCAGCACACCGAAGCCGAGACGAUUCAAAAGCUUUGUGACCGAGUAGCUUCAUCUACCUUAUUGGAUGAUCGAAGAAAUGCCGUGCGAGCUCUCAAAUCACUGUCUAAGAAAUAUAGAUUGGAAGUGGGUAUCCAAGCUAUGGAACAUCUUAUCCAUGUUUUACAAACAGAUCGUUCGGAUUCUGAAAUAAUUGGUUAUGCUUUGGACACACUAUAUAAUAUAAUAGCUAAUGAUGAAGAAGAAGAAGUAGAAGAAAAUUCCACAAGACAAAGUGAUGAUUUGGGAAGCCAGUUUACAGAAAUUUUCAUUAAACAGCAAGAAAAUGUCACUCUCCUGCUAUCUUUAUUGGAGGAGUUUGAUUUCCAUGUCCGUUGGCCUGGUGUGAAGCUUCUUACUUCUCUUUUAAAACAACUAGGGCCUCAGGUGCAGCAAAUUAUUUUAGUCAGCCCCAUGGGUGUUUCAAGAUUGAUGGACUUAUUAGCAGAUUCCCGGGAAGUUAUACGUAAUGAUGGUGUCUUAUUACUUCAGGCACUAACAAGAAGCAAUGGAGCAAUCCAGAAAAUUGUUGCUUUUGAAAAUGCUUUUGAGAGACUACUAGACAUUAUUACAGAAGAGGGGAACAGUGAUGGAGGUAUAGUAGUAGAAGAUUGUUUGAUAUUGCUUCAAAACUUGUUAAAAAACAACAAUUCCAAUCAAAAUUUUUUUAAAGAAGGCUCAUAUAUUCAACGUAUGAAACCUUGGUUUGAAGUUGGAGAUGAAAAUUCUGGCUGGUCUGCACAGAAAGUGACUAAUUUGCAUCUAAUGCUACAGCUUGUUCGUGUACUGGUAUCUCCCACCAACCCUCCUGGUGCUACCAGUACCUGCCAGAAGGCUAUGUUCCAGUGUGGGUUAUUGCAGCAGCUUUGCACUAUCCUAAUGGCUACUGGGGUUCCUGCUGAUAUCCUGACUGAGACCAUUAAUACUGUAUCAGAAGUUAUUCGAGGUUGCCAUGUAAACCAAGACUACUUUGCUUCUGUAAAUGCACCUUCAAACCCACCAAGACCAGCAAUUGUGGUACUUCUCAUGUCCAUGGUUAAUGAAAGGCAGCCAUUUGUAUUGCGCUGUGCCGUUCUCUAUUGUUUCCAGUGCUUCUUAUAUAAAAACCAAAAAGGACAAGGAGAAAUUGUGUCAACACUCCUACCUUCCACCAUUGAUGCAACAGGUAAUUCAGUCUCAGCUGGUCAGUUACUAUGUGGAGGUCUGUUUUCUACUGAUUCACUUUCCAACUGGUGUGCUGCUGUGGCCCUUGCCCAUGCUUUGCAAGACAAUGCUACCCAGAAAGAACAGUUGCUCAGGGUUCAGCUUGCUACAAGUAUCGGCAACCCUCCAGUUUCUUUACUGCAACAGUGCACCAACAUCCUUUCACAGGGAAGCAAAAUACAGACAAGAGUUGGAUUAUUAAUGUUGCUUUGUACCUGGUUAAGCAACUGCCCCAUUGCAGUAACGCAUUUUCUUCACAAUUCAGCCAAUGUUCCAUUUCUUACAGGACAAAUUGCAGAAAAUCUUGGAGAGGAAGAGCAGUUGGUCCAAGGCUUAUGUGCUCUUUUGUUGGGCAUUUCAAUUUACUUCAAUGAUAACUCGCUUGAGAGCUACAUGAAAGAGAAGCUAAAACAACUUAUAGAGAAGAGGAUUGGCAAAGAGAAUUUCAUAGAGAAACUAGGAUUUAUUAGCAAACAUGAGUUGUAUUCCAGAGCGUCUCAGAAACCCCAGCCAAACUUUCCCAGUCCAGAAUACAUGAUAUUUGAUCAUGAGUUUACGAAGCUAGUGAAAGAACUUGAAGGUGUUAUAACUAAGGCUAUUUAUAAGUCCAGUGAAGAAGAUAAGAAAGAAGAAGAGGUAAAGAAAACAUUAGAACAGCAUGACAGUAUUGUGACUCACUACAAAAAUAUGAUUCGAGAGCAGGACCUGCAGCUUGAGGAAUUAAAGCAGCAGGUUUCUACAUUAAAAUGUCAAAACGAACAGCUGCAGACAGCAGUCACACAGCAAGUGUCUCAGAUUCAGCAACACAAGGAUCAGUAUAAUCUUCUUAAAGUACAGCUAGGAAAAGACAAUCAGCAUCAAGGUUCUUAUAGUGACGGGGCUCAGAUGAAUGGCAUUCAGCCAGAAGACAUUGGUAGGUUACGAGAAGAAAUAGGAGAAUUAAAAAGUAAUCAGGAACUUUUACAAAGCCAACUCGCUGAAAAGGACUCUUUGAUUGAAAAUUUGAAAUCUUCCCAAACAUCACCUGGGACAAAUGAACAGUCUGCAACAACAGCUUCAGCUAAAGAUUCUGAACAAGUUGCAGAAUUAAAACAGGAACUGGCAACAUUAAAGUCUCAGUUAAACUCACAAUCUGUGGAGAUCACAAAACUGCGGACAGAAAAGCAGGAGCUGUUACAGAAAACAGAAGCAUUUGCCAAAUCAGUUCCUGUAUCAGGAGAGAAUGAAACUGUAACAGCUGCAAAAACUACUGAUGUUGAAGGGAGACUGUCAGCGUUAUUACAGGAGACUAAAGACUUAAAGGUUAGUUUUUGGUGAAACUUUUAUUUAUUACAUAUUUUAUCAAAUGAACUUCAGGAAAUUUGAUUUUACUUUAUUUAAUCUUUCAAAUCCUUAGAUUAAUGAAGAAAGCUAAUGGGGUAUAAUUUUACCUCACACCAUUUGCAUUCCUCUUUUGAUGACUAGAUGGCACAAAUAAAGUUUUUGUAGUGCUAUUUUAAACAAUGGUGUCAAGUAUGUAAAAUAAGAAUGUGUAUUAAUGUAAUUUGAAAGUAAAAUCAUUGAAAAUAUUUUAAGUUUUCUUAACACCAAUAUCUAAUCACAAUAAGAAAACAAGGGCUACAGACUUGGCUAACACAUGAACCACGGGUGGGCUUUCCAUGAGACUAAAGUAACACAGGCAUCUUAAAUCCUGCUAGCCUGUUGUGUAACAGACACGUAAGAAUAAAUAAAGGAAUGAGGUAACAUUAAUAAAAAUAAAAGACAUGAAGGAAAAAUGGAAAAAGGAGGAUAAUGUGUAAUUGUGUUUUUUGGCUCGUGAUCAAAUUGUUUUAAAGUCAUAGAUUUUAUUUGAAGUCAUUGUUCUUUCUAAUUUAAU